UAUAUACCAGCUCGUGUCUGGCGGUGACGAAAAUUGAGAUCGUAACGGUGCUUUUAGUGGAAUUAGUAUCAUUCGAACGACUAGUACGAGAGAGACCAGGCCCGCCUCUUCUUACUUGUGUGUGCACUACCGAAACCGAUCACAGGGUAUAACAAACGAAUUAGUGGUUUAUAGUGGAACAGUCAGUUCGGGUCGCUAUAAAACGAACACGCUUCUCCUUCUGGAGAAACAGUUCAUCGUCGAUUUUCCUUGGUGAAGUUUACCCAUGGACAUUGCCGAACUGAAGAUGUCACUGCUGUGCUUGUUCCUUUUAUUUGCGGUAGUCACGGCUGUUCCGAAGAUUCAUCAUGAUGACGAUGGGGAUAAGGAAGGUGAUCAUGGCGGUUCCCAUGGACAUGCCCAUUCUUAUCAACAUUUUAUCGGACCAGUAGAGGGCCAUCACCAGGAGAUAACGUGGAAGGACAAGCAUGGUGAUCAUUACCAUGAUUACAGAGCUCAUCCAAAAUACAAAUUCUCUUAUGGAGUUGUAGAUCAUCAUACGAAGGAUCAUCACGAUCAGAGCGAGCAUAGGGACGGAAAAAAAGUGGAAGGAGAGUAUCAACUACACGAACCAGGCGGUAAUGUUAGGGUUGUCAAGUAUCAUUCUGAUCCUCAUGGUGGAUUCUUUGCUGAAGUUCACAAUCAUGGUGGAAAUGAUCAUUCCGGUGGUACUUAUGGCGGACACAAACAUCGAUAA